CUGUCCACAGGAUACCUCUUAACUCUGCAAAUUCACAACUAAUGUCAAGAAAAUCUGCAUCAAACUGAUGUAAGGUUUGUGUUAAUACAGUCCUUUAAGGAUGAAAAUGCAAAGAUUUGUGUUUUUUCCUUCUAUUCUUGGCUGUUUGCAUCAUGACAAUCAAAGACAAAGGUCAGACUUCAUCUGUCUGAAAACAAAGACUUGGAGGAGAUGAAAUUCUGAUUUGUAAGAUCCAAGACUUCAGAGGGAUCUAAUAUUUUUACCAUGAGUGCAGCUUUGACAAGCCCAGACUUCAAGGAUGAGAAACCUGCAAGUGUGUCCUCCAUCGCAGCUUCAAAUGGAUUCUAUAAUCAGAAGAUGAGAAGAUUUUUUUUUUAAUGACUGAAAGCAUGUGAGUCGAAAUCAUUCCGAUCUUUCGAGUAGAGUUGAACUGGAACACUUCUUUUUGUCUGUUUUUCCAGUGAGAGGGGCUGCACACAGUGACGGUAUCAACCAAGCGAUUUAAUUUUUAUCCAUUCAGCAUUGUCCUUUGAGGUUGAACAGCUGCUCUUUUUGUUGCGCUGAAUGCAGCAGUCUGCUAUUUUUGUUUCCCCGUGUGGAGAAGAUCAUCAUCUGUUGAUGCUUUGACAGACAAUUCGAGGCUUGACAGUUUCCUCUGAGAUGAUGGAGUAAAUAACUGACGCCGCAUAUUGAAUUACAAUUCAUUACUCAAGUGAUAAAUGGUGUUAGAUCUGUGGUAUUCACCUGGGGACGGAAAUGGAAAGCGAGUAAAUGAUGAGUAGACUUCCCUCUUUCUUACUCUGCUCUGACCCAUUUUCCAGGCAGCAGUCCUGAGGCGUCUCUGUCUCUGGCUGUGACGGCGUUACCGAGCUGACACCAUGAACCUGCGUAGUAGAAACGUGUCACAGUUGAUCUCCAACACUGUCAGAGCCAUUACCACUCUGGAGUCCAACACCUGGCCUCCACGUGGAUUUGAGGAGAUCACCCUCCCGAUCGGUAACGUGACGAACCCGGGGUGUCACAGGAAUGACGCGGUCCGUAACGGCAUUGAUGCACAGUUAGGGAACUGGUCUUACCGUAACAUCGGAGGAGUGCACGGCGAGGAGGGCGGCAGGAUUUACGGGUCUCAGUGUCCUCCCCAAGAGAUGGCGGUGGAGAAGAACUGGGCGGCGCUGCUGAUUUUAGUCGUCAUCGCCGUCACGGUCAUGGGCAACAUCCUGGUGAUCCUGGCGGUCUCCCUGGAGAAGAAGCUGCAGAACGCCACUAACUAUUUCUUGAUGUCACUGGCAGUCGCCGACAUGCUCCUGGGCAUCUUGGUCAUGCCGGUUUCCAUGGUGACCAUUCUCUACGAUUAUGGGUGGCCGCUGCCCUCCGACCUUUGUCCCAUCUGGAUCUACCUGGACGUCCUGUUCUCCACGGCGUCCAUCAUGCACCUCUGCGCCAUCUCUCUGGAUCGAUACAUCGGCAUUCGAAACCCGAUCCACCACAGCCGCUUCAACUCCCACACCAAGGCCCGCAUCAAGAUCAUGGCGGUGUGGACGAUUUCAGUGGGGAUCUCCAUGCCCAUUCCUGUGCUGGGACUCAGAGACCACUCCAAGGUCUUCAAAGAUGGCAGCUGCCUGCUGACAGAUAACAACUUCGUGCUGGUCGGCUCCUUCGUGGCCUUCUUCGUGCCCCUCACCAUCAUGGUUGUCACCUACUUCCUGACCAUCAAGGCCCUGCAGAACGAAGCCACCCUCUGCUUAGACCAGCUGGUCCCGCGGCCCAAAUGGAGCACGACGUUCACUUUGAGCUUCUUACCGCAAACCUCGCUGUCCUCUGAGAAGCUCUUCAGGCGCUCGAUAAGCCGUGAGGCGGGUGGCAGAGGAAGCAGCGGUGGACUGGGAGGCGCCCGCGGGAGUGUCUCUGGCUCGCUGUUUGGACGCCGCACCAUGCAGUCAAUCAGCAACGAGCAGAAGGCGUCUAAGGUCCUCGGGGUGGUGUUUUUUCUCUUUGUGGUCAUGUGGUGCCCGUUUUUCAUCACCAACGUGCUGGUGGUGGUGUGUGACCCGGCGACGUGCGACGCAGGACUCAUGGGAGGCCUGCUGAACGUUUUCGUCUGGGUGGGAUACUUGUCCUCUGCGGUCAAUCCGUUGGUCUACACACUGUUUAAUAAAACAUACCGGGCGGCAUUCCUGCGCUACGUUCGCUGCCAGUACCAGCCGGAGAAGAAGCGUCUUCAGCUCAUACUGGUGAACACCAUCCCGCCGCUGGCUUACAGCUCCACCCAGCUGCCCCUGAGCGACGUAGGGAAGUUACAGAACGGAGCGACGCACUCUAGUGGCGAAGUGAAGGACUUCUCUUUACCUGGACAGGAAACGGAGAAGGGUAGGCCGGACAAAAGUCACGGAGACAAGGACGAGAGCUGCGUGUGAGCGUGACUGAAACUGAAAUUAAAAAACCUGCUUCGAGGUCUGUCCUGUGCAAUUCACGGAUUAGAUAAAACUUUGAACUUCUGUGGUCACAUCGCACUUGGGAGUGAAGGGUUCGAGGUUUAAAGACAAAGUGCCAAAGACAAAGUGCCUCCCAGUCAGGAUUUUAGAAAUACUGAGUUCCCCAACCUCUCGAGAAAAUAGAAAAUAUAGUGCAAAACUUUGCAUUUCAGUGCAUUCAGAGCAACUUGCAUUGCAAUUCCAGUGCUCAGAUUCAUUCUGCUUCUGAUCGAUGCCUCACCAACAGGGUCUGGAUCAGCUGAGUCAAGUUUGUGAGUUCCUUCUUACAACAAAAACACCUUUUGAUAACCAUUUACCCCAAAAAUAAAGUCAAUCAGUGCUUGUUUCAUGGAUUCAAACCCUUAAAGUCUUUGGUCUCAGUGCUGCUUCACAGCCUUCUGCCACAAAAUAAACAUAUUAUUAUUAUUA